AUGUCGGUCCAGACCGUUUCCAUCCAGCCCUUCCAGGACCAGAAGCCGGGAACCUCUGGUCUUCGUAAGAAGGUCAAAGUCUUCCAACAGGCUAACUACUCCGAAGCCUUCGUGGCUAGCAUCAUCUUGUCGAUCCCCGAAGGUGCUCAGGAUGCCACCCUCGUCAUCGCCGGUGAUGGCCGUUAUUAUAACCCCGAGGUCAUUCAGAAGAUCGCGAAGAUUAGUGCCGCUUACGGUGUCAAGAAGCUGCUCGUGGGCCAGAACGGCAUUCUCAGUACUCCGGCUGCCAGUAACUUGAUCCGUGUCCGGAAGGCCACUGGUGGUAUUCUGUUGACUGCCAGUCACAACCCUGGUGGUCCCGAUAACGACUUCGGUAUCAAGUACAACCUUGCCAACGGCGCACCCGCACCCGAGACCAUCACCAACAAGAUCUACGAGACCUCCAAGUCCUUGAAUUCCUACAACAUUACCGACAUUCCUGACAUUGAUAUCUCUGCUAUCGGCACCAAGACCUAUGGCCCUCUGGAGGUUGAGAUUGUCCACUCGACCGCCGACUACGUGACUAUGCUGAAGGAGAUUUUCGACUUCGACCUGAUUAAGGAAUUCUUGAGCAGCCACAAGGACUUCAAGAUUCUCUUUGACGGUAUGCACGGUGUGACCGGCCCCUACGGUACCGACAUCUUCGUCAAGGAGCUCGGACUUCCGAGCAGCAGCACCAUGAACUGCGUGCCGAAGUCGGACUUUGGCGGUGGUCACCCUGACCCCAACCUGGUUUACGCUCACGAACUUGUGGAGGCUGUCGACAAGAACGGCGUCCACUUUGGUGCUGCCAGUGACGGUGAUGGCGAUCGUAACAUGAUCUACGGUGCCAACACUUUCGUCUCGCCCGGUGACAGCUUGGCUAUCAUUGCCCAUCACGCAAAGCUCAUUCCCUGGUUCCAGAAGCAGGGCGUCUACGGUCUUGCACGCUCCAUGCCCACCUCGGGUGCCGUUGACCGGGUCGCCAAGGCCCAAGGUCUUCAGAGUUACGAGGUCCCCACCGGCUGGAAGUUCUUCUGCAACCUGUUCGACAACAAGAAGAUGUCCAUCUGCGGUGAGGAAAGUUUCGGUACCGGCAGCAACCACAUCCGUGAGAAGGACGGUGUGUGGGCUAUCGUGGCCUGGUUGAACAUCAUCGCUGGCGUUGCCAAGAGCAACCCUGGCCAGACUCCCAGCAUUGCCUCGAUCCAGAACGAGUUCUGGCAGACCUAUGGCCGUACCUAUUUUACCCGGUACGAUUACGAGGGUGUCGACAGUGAGGGGGCCAACAAGGUCAUUGCAACUCUUUCGGACUUUGCCGGCCAGGAUUCGUUCGUAGGCUCCACUGUCUCUGGCCGCAAGGUUACUGAUGCCGGUAACUUUGCCUACACUGAUCUAGACGGCAGCGUGAGCAAAAACCAGGGUCUGUAUGUCAAGUUCGACGACGGCAGCCGCAUCGUCACUCGCCUGUCGGGUACUGGCAGCAGCGGAGCCACCAUCCGUCUGUACAUUGAGAAGUACGAAGAGGACCGGAGCAAGGUGGCAACUCCCACCCAAGAGUACCUCAAGGACAACGUGGCUCUAGCCAUGGGUCUCCUCAAGUUCAAGGAGUACAUUGGCCGCGAAGAGCCUGAUGUCAAGACCUAA